CACGCGAUAGGGCCCCGCCCGCCGCCCUCCGCGGGCCAUGGCGCUGGGGUUGUGUCUAUCCGAAGCGGCGGCGGCACUGGCGGCCUUGGCCGCCUUCCUCCUCGUCCUGGUUUGUGUGAUUGCUCAUGUAACUGCUGUCAAAAUGCCAACCCUUCAGCGACACGAAGAAGAGAAAUACUUCACAAAUGCUGAAGGCAGGAAAGAAUUGGUACCAAGUAUACAUGAUCCCCCUACAAAGGAACUCUCUGUUAUUGUGCCUUCAUACAAUGAGGAAAACCGGUUACCACUUAUGAUGGAUGAAGCGUUGGAUUAUCUAGAAAAAAGACAGAAACGAGAUCCUUCUUUCACUUAUGAAGUAAUAGUGGUUGAUGAUGGUAGUAAAGAUCAAACCACAAAGGUUGCAAUGAAGUACUGCAAGAAAUAUGGAAGCGACAAGGUGCGAGUGCUUUCUUUGGUAAAAAAUCGAGGGAAAGGAGGAGCAGUCAGGAUGGGCGUCUUUAGUUGCCGGGGAAAAGAAAUUCUUAUGGCUGAUGCAGAUGGAGCUACAAAAUUUGAAGAUAUUGAAAAAGUAGAAGAAGGUCUAAGAAAUCUUCAGCCAUGGCCUAACCAGAUGGCUAUUUCCUGUGGUUCAAGAGCUCAUCUGGAGAAGGACUCAAUAGCAAAGCGCUCUUACUUCCGAACUCUUUUGAUGUAUGGGUUCCACUUCCUUGUGUGGUUUCUCUGUGUCAAAGAGAUCAGGGACACACAGUGUGGAUUUAAACUUUUCACCAGAGAAGCUGCCUUGAGGACUUUCUCAACUCUUCAUAUAGAGCGCUGGGCAUUUGAUGUGGAACUUCUUUACAUAGCUCAACGGUUGAGAAUACCUAUAGCAGAAGUUGCUGUAAACUGGACUGAAAUUGAAGGUUCUAAGUUAGUUCCCUUUUGGAGCUGGCUGCAGAUGGGCAGGGAUCUUCUUUUUAUACGACUGCGAUAUAUGACUGGUGCCUGGCAGCUCGAAACAAGAAAAUAUAAUUAGGUUAUUUACAUUUUCCAAAUAUAUUAUUAUACUUAAUGGAACAUAAGAACGGUUUCAAUCAAGUGAAGUGGUGAUGAAAGCUGAGGUAAUUCUUCUUUGCUCUUGUAUGUUUCAUUUUUGCAAUAUUUAUGUGUUUUUUAAGAUGGUCAGCGGGGAAUUCCUACAGUGUUUUGAAAAGAGAAGGCAUUUCCAAAAUAUUUUCUUGUCUGGUAAUCAGGUUUUUAUUUUAUUAAUAGCUUUAACAUGUCUUAUAAAUUCAUUCAAAUAAAUGUAUCUGCUUUUGUCUCAUCAUAUAUUUGGAAUUUCUUAUACAUAUAAAAAGAGCUGCUCUGUUCUGUAAGGUGCAAUAUUGUGUUGUGAAUGACCACAACCAUUUGUUUCUGUAGUAUCUGGAAAUUUAUUGCAUAUUGCAACAUGGAAUGAUCAAUCAUGGUUCAUGCUGAUGCACGCUUAGAUUCAAUGUUAUGGGAAACAUGAAUGAGUUUUACUGAAUUGUAACUGUUAUGUUCAUAAGGCUGUUCUAAAAACUUACAGUAGUCUCUUGACAUUCCAAAUUAUUUUGUCUGAAUCUGAAAGUUUGUCUGAGAUCAAAUGGCACAUCACCUCCAGACUGUAGAAGGUCCAAGAGAAAGCACAUUUCUUUUUAAAAUGUCUUUUCUAAGUCUAUCUUGUCCAUGUGUACUAAUUAGUACUAUAUGCUCAAGUCUAGGAGACAUGGUAUCUCCAAAUCUGUACUGAAAAGGGUAGGGAAUGCUAAUUCAGAGCAUACAGAAAUGAGACCAAAUGAUACAUUAGCAAUGCCAGUUUGAAGUUCUCAUGCUUCAAAUGAGAUCAGGGAGGGUGCGAGGAGUCUUGGGUCUUUCUUGGUAAUGUUACUUACUCUGUUACAGUACACAAGUUUCAACAUUGCUUUCAAAAGUUGUGGAUUGCCAAAAAACUAAGCCAAUCUUUCUUUCAGAAACAUGUACAAAUGAGAACAGAUUUAAACAAUGUAUGGUGUAUGCUUGUGUUUUCAUAUCUGAUUUCACUGGUGAUUUUUCUUAUUCCUUCUGCAAUAUUGAGUUUUGCUUCUGUUAGAGUUACCUCAGUUUUCUAUAAAUUGAUGUCUGGGAAUAAAUUCUCAAAAAGUA